GUGAAAGUUGGAAAUAACCUGCAUGUGAUAACAGUAAACAGAAUUUUGCAGAAUUUUCUAAGACAUUACAAAAAUUCCAUACAACAGAGUAAACCAAUGCUUAUUUGGUGCAAACAGACAGAGGAAUAACAGAAACUUGUACAUAAUGAACUAAACCAGACAUUUGGGCAUGAUUGUCAUCUAAGAAGAUUUAAUUGUUACAAGAAAUGCAACAAUGAUAUUUUAUCAAAAGCCACAGUUGUAGAGAGAAAACAAAUUCAGAAUGCAAGAGAAUCGAGAAGGUUCUGCAUUCCAAUGCAGUUAUACAGAAGAGGAAGUGGAAAGCCUUGGUAUCAUUGAAUUAAGUGAGAUAUUAGAGAACAACACUAUAAACUAUGAUAACUUGGAAACAGAGAAAGAGAUGAGAGAAUUGGUGUGUACAUUGAUGAAGAAAGGAAAGCAACCAACUGAGAAAUUAGAUAGCACAACAAUGACAUUCUCAACUGAUGCCUCACAACAAGGAGCAAAAAUAAUUGAGAAAAUUUUAGAAAAAGACAUGGAGAGGAAAAGGAAACUGUAUGACCUUUAUUGUAACCUUGAAAAGUUUAUGACUGAUGACCAGGUUGACAGUAAAUUAAAACAAGAAAUGAAAAUAGAAUUUGGUGAUGUUUUAGAAGAAAUCAAGACCUAUAAAGAAGAGUUAAUGGAGGAGCAGUGUCCAAUUGUUGUGGCAGGUGAGACAACUGCUGGAAAAAGUAGCUUACUGAACCUGUUACUUGGAAGUGAUGUGUUACCCCAUUCCUUGCUGACCUGUACUACCACAAUCUGUAGACUAUGGAAUAAGGAAGAAAAGGCUGUCUUUGUAACUGAUAAAGAUGAUGAACUAACAAGACUUCAUUUACCUAAAGACAUGGAAGCUGCAUUGAUGAAAGAAAAAUUGCAAAAAUAUGUCAGUGAUGCAAACCAGAAUAAAUAUAAAUUUGUAGACAUACAUUGGCCAAUACCUAUUCUGAAGAGCCAUGCCAUUAUAGUAGAUACUCCAGGAAUAGGAUCAAGUGAAGAGCUUACCGUGCGAUUACUGGACUAUCUACCAAAAGCUAUAGCCUUUAUUUAUGUGAUAAACAGUAGUAACGCAGGAGGUGUUCAGAGUGAUAGGCUUUUGAAGAUAUUUGAGGUACAAAAGAAGGAUAGUAAGAUGUAUGAGUUUGAUCCAACUAGAGCUAUAUUUGUUUGUAAUAAAUGGGAUCAAGUUCCUCCCGAGGAGGAUGAUAAAGUUUGGAAAAAUACAAAAUCAAAACUGAAAGAUAAUUGGCCGCACUUCAAAGAAGCUCAGAUGUUUAAACUCAGUUCUAAAGAGGAGACAAGAAGAGCAGCUACUCCAGGAUUAGAGUAUACUACCAAUUUCCAGAAACUUCUUAUUGGAAUAGGAGAAAUGAUUCCUGCCAGUCUAGAGGCCAAAGUUGCUAGACAUUCAAGAUGGCAGAAACAGUUUUUAGAAAAGGCAUUAAAAAGAAUUGUAGGAAGAAUUAAAUUAUCUAGGAAAACUGAAGAUGAAAAGAAAAAACUGAAAGUGAACAUUGAGGAACGAAUAAAAAAAUUGAGUUACAAUAUCAAAGAGGUGAAGGAAAGAGUAAAAGAAGAGGCUGAAUUUCGCUGUGACCAGAUUUCCACCAAGUUAUAUCAGCAUCUAAAGUGUAAGGAAACUUAUAAAAAUAUGUUCUUAUGGUCGACAGCAGAAUUACCAAAAGGUGCAGAUUUUGAAGUAAUUGAAUACCAAGCAAAGAAGCUGAUAAUAGAAAGAAUAAAUACCGAGACCAGAGCCUGGUGUAUUAGAGAGAAUGUCAAUGACAUCACUCAAGAAUUGUCUAAUUUAUUUAAAGCAGAGUGUAAACUAAUUGAUGCACAAUGUGAAGAGAUUAACAGGACCUUACUUGACAUAAGUAUGCCUCUGGAUGAAGGACUUCAUGAUUACAGCAAUACACCUAAUCAUAGUAAUGAUCCACUGUUUACCAAGCAUGAGAAAAUUGUUCUUGCAGUUACCUCCCCUCUUUGGCUUCCUCUUGUCGUUGGAGCAGGCUUGAUAGCACUUCCUUUUGGUGUAGCUGCUGGGGUCAAGGAUUUAGUUCAGCAGUCAAAGAAAAUAAAUGAUUAUAACUGUAAUAAAUUAAAAUAUAUGAUGGACUGGUGCUCAGAAGUUUUAGAGCAGUACAAUAAGGAGGCUAUUUUUAAAUUAAUGGAAGAGACUUAUCUUAAAGAUUUUAAAAUGAAAGUAGAUUUUGUCUGUGAGAAUGUUAUACCACAACAGAUAAAAGCAGAUGAACAGUUUAUUUGUCAUAUCAAAAAUGAACUCCGAACAUCAUGUGAAAUCCGAAAACAAUUCCAACCAUUAGAGUUUUCCUGCAAGAGCAUUCUUGGGAAAUUACUUCUGAUUAACAUGGAUUAUUUCUCAGGUUAUAAAUUACCAAAGAAAAAUAUAAGAGAUACCAGAGAAGAAAUUGGUAAAGGACAAUUUUCAGAUGUACAUGCAACUGAAGUUCUUAUCAAGGAUCAGUGGGUUAAAGCUGCUGUGAAGACACUGAGAAAACCUUUGGAGAGGACAGAUUCCUAUGUACAAUUAAGUGAAGUGCAAAAUCUAAGAAAACUUAAUCAUCCAAACAUAGUUGAAUUAUUUGGUGUGUCAUACAGACUUGGGAGUCAAAGUAAAAAGUUUCUUCAGAUUUAUAUGGAAUACUGUGAUGGCAGCUUAGAAAACAUUGUAUACAGGAAAAGAGAUCCACCACCAUGCUUCAAGUUCAAGGACGUGUCAUUGUGUAAAGCAUCAUGGGAGUUUUAUCUAAAGAUGAUGUGUGGUGUAUGUAACGGAUUAAUUCAUGUCCAUUACAUGGGAUUUGUCCAUAGAGAUCUCAAGCUAGCUAAUAUUUUGGUGAAAGAUGGUGAAGCAAAGAUUGCAGAUAUUGGUUUAGCUAAAGAGGCAGAGGACAUCUUGGGAACAGUCACUGGGACACCAACUACAAUGGCACCUGAGGUCCUUCAGGGAAAAAUGUAUGGGAUAGAAGCUGACAUAUUUAGUUUAGGGAUAAUUUUAUGGGAAAUGUGGUAUGCACGUCCAGGUUAUACGCACCCAGUUGGUGUAGAGUCAGAUGGAUAUCAGUUUAUAGCUAAAAAUUUAAAUGAAUUGAGUAAAUAUGUAAUCAAUGGUACUAGACCAGAGUUGGAGACUAAAUAUAGACCUCAUAACAAAUUGCAAUUUCUGAUGAAGAAAUGUUGGGAUCUCAGUAUUGUUAAUCGUCCAUUAGCGACAGAAGUACUUAGUAAACUUUCAGAGAUGAAAUCUUGAUUUAGUUCUAUGUGUAAUAUUUGGUUUUGUCUUGCCUGCAAAGAAUGUCCUUGAACUUAUAGACAUAGGGAUCCUAUUCCACCAGCAGCCACAGCAUAAACUAUUUGUAUAAACCUUUAAAUUUCGAAAGGUAGAAUAGCUUGAUAAUUUAUAUCUUGUAAACAUAUACCUCAUGGUCUGAAGUUGGUAUAGAGUAAUUGUUAGGUAAACAUGUCUAUCUGACAGGCAUCACAUUCAUCUGACUUUGACCUGUUUAGAUGGGACAGUACAAAGUCAUUGAAAUAUUUCAUAGUUUUUUUUUGGCCCCGUCUGUAUUUUGUCACAGAAUGCAAGACAUAGGAAUUACAAUUCAGCCACAGCAGCGAUUGCAUAAACUAUUUGUAUAAAGCUUUACAUUUCAGAAGGUAGAAGACCUGGAUACUUCAUACCUAACAGUCUGCACAGUUAGCCACUAGAUGCCCCAGACUAGUAAAAUUUUAUUCGGGCUAGUAAGUAUUUGCAAAAGUUUGUUUAGACACAUAAGAAAAAUGUCGGAAUAUUGGUCUUCAGACUAGUAAUUGGAAAAGAUUUUGGUGCAGACUGACCUUGUAUGCAGAUGCCUUAUGUUACAAAGUUUCCGUCUGUCAUAUGUCUAUUGUCCUUGACCUCAUUUUCAUGGUUCAGCAACUACUUGAAAAAAAUUUAUUGUUUUUUUAGUCCUGUAAAAUACUCACUUAUAAUGAGUAAUAGAAUAACUUUAUUUUGUAUUCAGGAUCUUUGCAAGGUCUAUAUGUCUGUCAUACAGGGUUUAUCUGACCUAGAACUAAUUUCAUGGAUCAGUGGUCUAGGUUAAGUUUUCAUGGUUGAAGUUUGUAUCUCAGAUAUUAUAAGCAAUAGGUCAGCUAUAUUUGAAGUGUGAAAUGAUUGUUAGGUCAGACUGUCAGGUUUUAUUUGACCUUGAUCUCAUUUUUAUGGUUCAUUGGUCAAUGAUAAGCUUUUGGUGUUUGGUCUGUUUCACAGAUACUAAAAGCAAUAGAUCAGCUGUAUUUGGUUAAAGGAAUGAUUGUAAGGUGUACAUGUCUGUCUGGCCGGUUUCAUCUGACCUUGACCUUUUAAUGUUUCAUUGGACAACAUUAAGUGUUUCCAGUUUGGUCUAUUCAAGGAGGUUAUAUGAGAAGGAGAGUGAACACUCUGCUUGAGAUAAAAUUAGCAUCCUCAGGAUAGCAAUUCGAUCAGAGGAAAAUGAUAAAAAUAUAAAGAAACCGACAUGUUUAUCACCCACUUGAUAUGGUCCUCUGAUGUACCAGGCUGUUACCGCAAACAGUCCGUGUGAUUAGGAGGAUCGCUAAUGUCACGUGAUUGUAAUCGGUGAGUGGGUCAUCAAAAUACAGGUGUACUUAUUGUUACUAAUAAGUUUUAAUGUGUUUUAUUGUGCAAUAUCAGUUGACGCGAAAUUCGAAAGUAUAUCGUCUAACUACGGUGAAAAUCGGCUAAGAAAUGACAAAGUUAUGAGGGUGUAAAGAAAGAAAUUUAAGAAUGCAAUUUCUAUUGAACCCCACCUUGCUUCAAACAAAGAUUUUCGCUUCACCUGUAUGAUGCUGCCCAUGAUAACUAGUAGGUAAUAUCAUAGAAAAUAGAGGAAUAUGUGAGGCGCUUUCCUUAUGGUGACCGGCUGCGACUGGAGCGAAUAUUUGUAAUUGAAACGAAGAGAAAUUUAUCGAGAGCCAGCGAAAAGUUUGUUUCUCAUUGCAUUGGGCUGUAGAUAGAACGGUAAAAGCAACUCAGGUCUACUGAGUCGUUCGUCCUGCAGAGGCAGAAUCUUUCUGGGUCAAAUUCUUUUUCGAGCUCCAACACUUAGGCAUCGCUUAUACAUUUUGUGUAAAUACAUCGUCGACCAUGAUCAAAUGAUGACUGAAAUACGUCAACAGAAAACAUCUGGUGUGUAUUUUUUGAUAGUCUAGGAUCCUUGCCAAACCUUCAUAUCUUGUUAGUAUACAUGAUCUCAGCCUUAUUUUGUAAAAUCACGGUCAGUUUAUAACACUCCGGGUGUUUCCGUUCUUACUCGGAUGUGUAAUUAGGACAAAGUCUCCCUCUGCUACCGAAUCGAUCUUAACUAAUUAGCAUCCACUUAUAAAAAAGGCGGUAACAUUUCAUGUGUAAUUAGCGUCUUUCGUCCUCUCUCCUUCUCAUAUAACCUCCUUGGUCUAUUUAUGAGAUACUAUAAGCAAUAUGGCCAUUAUAUUUGGUGAAUGGAAUAAUUGUAAGGUAAACAUGGCAGAUCUGGCAUAUUUAAUCUGACCUUUAUCUCAUUUUCAUGAUUCAUUGGUCAAAGUUGAGUGUUCAUAGUUUAUGUUAAUCAGACACUAUAAGCAAUAGGUCAACUAUAAUUGGUGUAUGGAAUAAUUGUAAGGUGAACAUGUCUGUGUGGUAGAGUUCUUUCGACAUUGACAUCAUUUUCAUGGUUCAUUAGUCAAUGUUAAGUUUUCAUGGUUAUUUCUGUUUCCUAGAUAUUAUAAGCAAUAGGUCAACUGUAUUCAGUGUAUUGAAUGAUUGCACAGUGUUCAUUUUGUCUAGCAGAGUUCAUCUGACUGUAACCUCAUUUUUAUGGUUCAAUGUUCAAUUUUCGUAAUUAGGUCUGUUUCUCAGAUACUAUAAGUACCGGUUAUAGUCUCACUAUAUUCGAUGUUUGGUAUGAAAUUCAAUCAUGAUUAGUAAGGCAGGCAAGAUAUUUCAGUGUGUGCACUCUUGUUUAUUAGAUAUGCCAACCAAAAUUUUUUUUAUUUUUAGGUACUGAUCUUCAAUCUAAGAUGAUUCUUAAAACAAAAGUGUAAACUGAUUUUUCUUAAGGGGAAGUUACUUUUUAUAUAUUAUAUUUUGAAAUAAAUUUUAGAAGGAAGUUACAUUUUAUAUUAUAUUUUGUUAAUUAAAUUGUAAACCAUGCACACACACACAUUUCAAGACCAUGUUUUUUGUUGAUUGUUUAUGAUUAUGUUGAACUUGACUACCCAGUAUGAUGCCUUCAUUAUUCUGGUCAACCAUUUUCAAACCAUCAGAACUUUUAAGAAAAAAGCAGUUUUCAAUCACAUUUUGAUUAAAAUAACAUAGUUCACAGACCUUACUCAAAACAAACAAACUGUGGCAUGAUACAUCUUUCUAUGAUUUGUAUGAACAUAUUUCUUUUUAUGUUAAGUAUAUUAUAUCUCUACAAUUUCAUGGUAAGAUUAUCAAUUAAUGGUAAAAUAAGUUGAUUUCAUAUUUUUUGCCACUACAAAACAUAUAUUUGAUAUUCAGAUGAUGGAAAUAAAACAUGAAUACAAAUAAUUAUAAAAUUUAAAAAUAUUAUACAUUUAUUUUCUCUUUAGAUGACAAAUUUGAAAAGAUAUUGAUAUACUUUAAAACUACUAUUUUGGACACAAAACAUACUUCUUUUAUUGUACAGGUUCACAGAAUAUGCUUUUGCUAGCAGACCUUUUUAAUGUAAUACAAACUUUAAUGGCUAUUACUGUGACUUGACUGUAAGUGUUGCUCUUCACCUAUUGCAACUUAUUCAAAAUUCUGACCAAAUUGCAAUUUGUUUUAUAAAACCAAACUGUUCAACUGGUCAGAAAUUUGAACAAACUGCUGUGGAAAACCACAGUCAAGUCAUGAAAGUGCAAGGUGAUAAAAUAAAGCAUACUUACAAUCCUAUAAGACUUUAAUUCCACUUCAAUGUAAUUAUGAAAAAUCAGUCUAACAAUUUGUAUAGAAAUUUUAUUGUUAUUGUCAUGCUAAAGGUGAUGGGUAGUAAUUUUGAAUUGCUAUAAAAAUGUCCAAACUAAGCUUUCAUACAAUUUUUCUUUUGAAAAGUCUUCUAUAUUCAUAAGAAUCAGACAUCAUUUGAAUUAAAACAUUUUAUAGAGGACUUAAAAUUAAACUUUGAGGCACUGCAUAUUUUACAAAUGUUUUAUCAGAUUUAAUGUUUGCGUAUUGAACUUUGUAUUGAAUUUACUAACACGUAAAAGCUUCGGAGAAUAAUAAAAUCAUUGCAAAUAAUCCUGAAUUUGCAAUGUUUUCUUUCAAAGCUCAAAGAGAGAAAAUAAACUUGAACAACCAGCAAGGAAGGCUAUAUUGAACUAUUGAAAUUUUUUUUUUUCUUUCUGCUUUGUAUAAUAACUCCUUCCAAUAUUUUGGAAAAUCAUUAAUCUCAGACUACAUUGAAUCAAACCAUUUUUCAACUUUUGUUUAAGAAAGGUGCUAGAGUACUUUCAGUUUCAGUUACAAAUGUACACUUCUGUAUUCUCUACAUUACCAAAAAUCUGUUACUAGUAAUUAAUAGACUUCUGACAUUAUGUAUAUUAAGAUACUUACUACAUGUAUUGAAGCAUAUUUUAUAAUUAAUUAUCUAAUAUAUUAUUAAAUUAUCUACGCAUAUUGUUUAAAUAUUUACACAUGUUAUACAUCUGUUUGAUACUAUUUUUAAUUUUUUGUCGAGCCUGCGACUUUUGUCGCAGAAAGCUCGACAUAGGGAUAGUGAUCCGGCGGCGGCGUUAGCUAACUUUUUAAAAGCUUUAUAUUUUAGAAGGUGGAAGACCUGGAUGCUUCAUACUUUGUAUAUAGAUGCCUCAUAUUACGAAGUUUCCGUCAGUCACAUGUCCAAUGUCCUUGACCUCAUUUUCAUGGUUCAGUGACUACUUGAAAAAAAAGUUAAGAUUUUUUGUAACGUUAAAUUCUCUCUUAUUAUAAGUAAUAGGAUAACUAUAUUUGGUAUGUGCGUACCAUACAAGGUCCUCAUGCCCGUUGGAAAGUUUUCACUUGACCUAGACCUCAUUUCAUGGGUCAGUGAACAAGGUUAAGUGUUGGUGGUCCAUAUUUCAGAUAGUAUAAGCAAUAGGUCUAGUAUAUUCGGUGUAUGGAAGGACUGUAAGGUGUACAUGUCCAACUGGCAGGUGUCAUCUGACCUUGACCUCAUUUUCAUGGUUCAGUGGUUAUAGUUAAGUUUUUGUGUUUUGGUCUGUUUUUCUUAUACUGUAUGCAAUAGGUCUACUAUAUUUGGUGUAUGGAAUGAUUGUAAGGUGUACAUGUCUAGCUGGCAGGUUUCAUCUGACCUUGACCUCAUUUUCAUGGUUCAGUGGUCAAAGUUAAUUUUUUGAGUUUUGGUCUUUUUUUCUAAUACUAUAUGCAAUAGGUCAACUAUAUUUGGUAUAUGGAAAUAUUUUAUGAUCUAUAUGUCUGUCGCACAGGUUUAAUUUGACCUUGACCUCAUUUUCACGGUUCAUUGCUCAGUGUUAAGUUUUUGUGUUAUGGUUUGUUUUUCUUAAACUAUAAGCAAUAGGUCAACUAUAUUUGUUGUAUGGAAGAAUUGUUAGCUGUACAUGUCUGCCUGGCAUGGUUCAUCUGACCUUGACCUCAUUUUCAUGGUUCAUUGGUGAAUGUUUAGUUUUUUGGUUAAUGUUAAGUUUAUGUGACAGUUGUUAUAAAGCUUUAUAUUUAGGACUAUCAACAUAAUAUCAAUGAUUAAUAAAGAAGGCGAGACAUUUCAGCGUGUGCACUCUUGUAUGUAUGACUGACUUAAAUAAAAUAUUAGAAAAUAG